CACAGUUUGUACUAGCAUUCUGGACAAGACCAGACCUAUAGAAAGCCACUGUGCAGUUCAGUUUUUUUGUUCCUUAACACUUCAUAUGAAGGUGAACCAGAAGGCAAGACAGAGUUGAAUUAGCACUCCAAGGAAGCAGUGUUAGCCUAGUGUUUUCAUCCUUGCCCCCCGGGUCUAACAUGUCUAGGAAAAGUAGUGCCACUCAGGCAGAGCCAAGCAAGUUGGAAGUGGGUUCAGAGGUUAUGUAUCUAAGAAGCAACAGGGUGGUACUGGAUCAUACUGUGGGCCCAGCAGAGAUUGUCAUCUCCGGUGGCAAGAUAGUUGAUGUUCUUCCGAAGAAAAAGAGGGACAGACUGAGUGGAGAGAAGAUGCUUGAUGUGGGAGAUCUUGUAGUUAUGCCUGGGAUAAUAGACCCUCAUGUGCAUAUCUGUGAGCCUGGACAUCCGUCAUGUGAGGGAUUUACAGAUGUGACUAAGGCUGCUGCUGCUGGAGGCGUCACCACUGUUGUUGACAUGCCACUGGAUUGUUGUCCUCCAACCACAAGUUUGUCUGCUCUUCACUCCAAACUUCAGUCUGCCAAGGGACAGUGUCAUAUUGAUGUUGCCUUUUGGGGUGGCAUAGCUCCUGGAAAUCAGGCUGAGCUGCUGCCGAUGCUGAAGGCUGGUGUUCCCGGAUUUCAGUGCUUCCUGAUGGCUACUGGAGUUGAUGGUUUUCCCCAUGUAGGCCUGCAUGAUUUACAUAUGGCAAUGAAUGAACUACAGGACACAAAUUGUGUGCUUCUGUUCCAUGCAGAACAGGAGCCAAGUCAGUCAAUGCAUAUCCCAAAAGACACCACAGAAUAUAGCACUUUCUUGAACUCUCGCCCUGAUACCAUGGAAGUGGAGGCCAUCCUCACCAUUGCUGAGCUUUGCCUACAGUACAUGGUACCAUGCCACAUCAUGAAUCUCUCUUCUGCUGAAGCCCUGCCCAUCAUCAAGGAUGCUCAUCAGAAAGGAGCACCCAUCACUGUAGAAACUACCCAUCACUACCUCAGUUUGACAGCUGAAUGCAUUCCCCCAGGAGGCACAUACUACAAGUGUUGCCCUCCAAUCAGGGAGAAAAGGAACCAGGAAAUGCUGUGGGCAGCCUUGCGUGAAACAGAGAUAGACAUGGUAGUCUCAGCCCAUACACCUUGUCCCCGAGACUUAAGAGAUUUGACCAGUGAAGAUUUCCUCAAGGCUAAGGCAGGAAUUGCCUCACUACAAUUUGGUCUUCCUCUCUUCUGGACUUAUGCAAAAUCCAGGGGCUUCUCUUUCCAUGACCUGGUGCAACUGAUGUGCAAAAAUCCUGCCAUUCUGAGCAGACUGGAAGACCGUAAAGGGUCACUUAGUCCAGGGAUGGAUGCAGACUUGGUGGUCUGGAAUCCAGAAGCAGAGUUUCAGGUGAAUGGAGAUGUAAUUCUUCAUAAGAAUAAGCUCACUCCAUACUUGGGCUUUCAGCUUUGUGGCACAGUCUUUGCCACUCUUGUACGUGGCAGGCUUGUUUACCUGAAUGGAAAAAUUGCACCUAAGGCACAAGGAGACCUGCUUAUAACUGAGAGAAAGAUGUCAACAAAAGUCUCCACACCAUACUAUUAGUGGGAGGAACUUACUGGUGAAAUCAAAGGUCCAUGGAAGAUCUAGAUGGAAGAUUAUACAUUUCUAGAAAGUGGCUGGGGAGAAAAAGAAGAAUGAGUAACAUAAAGAAACAGCAACUGCCACGAUGCAAUGAAACCAAUCAUGGCUUCUUCGACUCGUCCCUUAAGUGACACGCAAUUACUGAAUGAAUGAAAUUGAGACAGCAAUUCUAGUUGAUUUGUCAAGAAUAUGACAACGAAACAGGAAAAAAUAAACCCUAGGAUUGUUGGAUCAGUACCUGGUCAUUUUGAAUGAAGAACGUAAUAAAGAUUCGGGGGGGGGGAUUGAUUAUUAUUGUCGUUUACCUUCACUAUUUAACCUGUUACUGAUCUUGUUUAAAAAUAACUUUAUUUUGGCAAACUGAGAUUGAAUUAAUUAAUGAUAUACAAGGUAAUAAUAUACCAUCAGAUCCUAAAAUAAUUUUGUUAGUUUAUAUAAAAUUAUGUGUUCAUGAAUUAAAUAUUAGACUAGGAUGAAGUUUACUUAUUGCUGCCAAACUAGCUAUAGUGAUGGUUUAGAAACAGAGUUUCUUCCAAAUACCCACUUGCUUAACUGUAUCUGGGGCAUUUCCCUGUUAAUGAAAUUGACAUAUUAUCAAAGGAUACAAAGAAUUUCUUUGCAAGAUGCAGAUAAAUUUUAUGAGUGAUGGGCAAUAUUUAUUAUGUGUUAACAUGAGAAAGUGAGAAAUUGAAUAAAUUGUUUUGAUUUUUAUGACUUGUCAAAGAAAUUUACAUUGUUGAAAAAAUCUAGGGAUAAUUAUUUAAAAGUAUUUAGAACAAAUGGGAGGAACAGCGUAUUUUGUUCCCUUUUCCUGGUUUGUAGGAAAGUCCUUAUUUUUCUGAAUUAUCUGUGUAAUUAUUACAUCUAAUACAAUAUAGUACUCACAGCUGAGACCAAGAUACAAUGUGCUGU